CCCUUAUAUCCCAACUCUCUUGUCUAAAGAUGCCGUGCACUCCGCGGAGGAUUUCUAUGGCACUCUUGGACUGUCCACUCGUCGAGGACAGCAGCUGGUAGAAGGCGCUUAAGAUAGAAGCAGGAAUGUUACUGUGAUUAGCCCAAAACUCGAUCUUCCACGUUCUCUGCUUCUGUGAUACCCGCUGGAAUCAAGGAUCGAGUUCCUUUAUAAAAGGUUUGGUCCCGGCUUUAUCCCUUCUCGGCAUGUCAGCCGUUGCCAAGUGAGGCCCGGAGGUCGAAGGGAUCAAGAGUAGAGACUGUGAAGAUGCACAGGGAUCGCGGAGGAGGGGUGACCGGAUCCAAGGCUGAAAUUGAGUCCCUUGACCGGAAGCGCAUCAACGAUGCGCUGGACAAGCAACUGGAGAAGUCUUCGCCGUCAACAUCCCGGGGGUUCAGCGGCAAGAAGGAACGCUUGUCGGUUCCAUCCUCGUCCGCUGGCAAGCAGCCUGAUCUCAAGCCAGCUGGCCAGACUAAGAAUAAUCGAUCCGAUGAAGAAUCUGAAACAGAUGGUGGGGAUUCUGACGUUAGUGGUUCUGAUGGAGAUGACACCUCAUGGAUCUCAUGGUUUUGUAACAUUAGAGGGAAUGAAUUUUUUUGCGAGGUUGAUGAUGAAUACAUACAAGAUGAUUUCAACCUCUGUGGGCUAAGCAGCCAAGUACCUUACUAUGAUUAUGCUCUUGAUCUUAUUUUAGACGUUGAAUCUUCUCAUGGAGAUACAUUCACUGAUGAUCAAAACGAGUUAGUUGAAUCUGCAGCAGAGAUGCUGUAUGGACUGAUUCACGCUCGCUACAUUUUGACUAGUAAAGGAAUGGCUGCAAUGCUAGAAAAGUUAAAGAGCUAUGAUUUUGGAAGAUGCCCAAGAGUUUACUGCUGUGGGCAGCCCUGUCUUCCAGUUGGUCAAUCAGACAUUUCAAGAUCCAGUACUGUGAAAAUCUUCUGCCCCGAGUGUGAAGAUGUUUAUUACCCAAGAUCAAAAAACCAAGGCAGUAUCCUUUCUUCCUAGAAGCUUGAUAAAAUUUUA